CCCUGAUCCAGGAGCCUGAGGUCCUUUACCUUCCAACUGCUGCUCACUAACUGCACAGGGUCCAAAGUUAGAGCCGCAGAAGGUGGUGGCCACCACCGCCCCUACACGGCGGGGCCAGGGAAGUAAGAAAGCUCAUGCCGCGCAGAGGACGCAGCACUGUGGACUUCAAAGGGUUCUGGCCUGGAAAUGCCUGGAUGGACUCGUAAGAUCGCCUUUUGCUGCUCUUUCAAAUAUGUCUCUGUGGAAAUUAUGAAGGUCGCGGGUGGGAGAUGAGUGCAGGCUGACACCAUGGGGUGCGCACCUUCCCAUAGUGACAUCGUUAACAGCGUGGCUAAGAGCAGCAUCCAGUUUUUUAAAAAGCCCAAGGCAGUUCUGUCAGGGGGAGGAAGUCAGGGGGACAGUGAAAGAUGUUCUGUCCCUUUGCUGGCUCAAAGCUCCACCUGCUAUGACUCUGGGGGGAACCUGUCCCAGGGACAAAGGCCCAGAGAGGUGCAGCCAGGUCCCACGUGGACCCAAACCAUGGCUGGAGAUUCCACUGCAGGCAAAAAGGAAAAUCUGAAGGUACUGAUCUCAGAAACCAAAACUGCUCCAUCCCAGCUGGACAAAUCACAAAGCCGCAUGGCUGAGGACAUUCCAUUCAAGACACAGAGCUCCCACGAGUCACAAGGGGCAGCCUUUUCUGAAGAUGAAAAAGCAGAAAGUGUUAGCCAUGAGACCUCCCUGUGGGAGAGGAAGCCAAAAGGCCACAGGUCAGGGCAGCAGGGUCUUUGCUGCCAGACCACUCUCCUCGCUCAGGGCUCCGAAGGCAAAGUGGACUUUCCCGAGCCCCUGGUGACAGCCCACCAGCAUGCUUACACCUAUCUGCACUCCUGCCUCUCCAAGUACGAAGCAGUUCUGAGCCUCGUGCAUCAGGCCACACAGACCCAGGAGCUGCUGCAGCCCAUGGUGAGCCUCCUGCUGCUGUGCUUCAAUGAAGCCAGUCAGCUCCUGGGGGAGAUCUCCAAGGAUGGAGAAGUGCUGCUCCGGGAAGUUAGGGAGGAUCUGGCUUGGCCGUUGAAGAAAGGGGAGCCCCAGGAGCAGCCAGAUCUCCUGCCACAGCUUCUGCAGUACACAGUCAGCAGGCUGCAGGGGCUCAGCGGCACAGUGGCCUCGCUCACCAGUGGCUUCCUGGAGGGCUCCAGCAGCUACCUGCAGGCCGCUGCAAGCCACUUGGGAAACACGCUGAGCACGAAGAGGGCUGUGGAUGCACGCCUCCUGCAGGCUCUGGGGCAGCUGGAGAGCUUGGCCAGCGGCCACAGGGACCCUGGGGUACAGGGUCUACCCCUGUGCUCUGAGGACAGUGGCAUUGGUGCGGACAGUGAGUCUGUGUACCCGGUGGACAAGCUGGGCAAGCAAGCCAGCUGGGACUUAACGCCGGAGCCUGCAGACAGAAAGCCAGGGACUUCACCCCCAGUGGAGGCCAGGCUGUUGGGACAUACCUGGCAGCAAAGCCCAGUCUGGAUGGGUUCAGAUAGACCCCAGGACUGCCCGCUCUCAAGGCCUCUUCUGGCAAAGGUUCAGCCAGCUGCAGAGGGCGGAGCAGGGACUCUAGGCCCCUCCGGCUCAGACCCAGAAAAUGCUGCCUCCAGGCCUCUGGGGGUAAGCAAAAGCAAUUCCUGUGAGUCCUCUGGGGCCGGGAUCUCUGUGGAAGCCCAUAUUCCUAAAGGCUCCGUGUGGAUGGGUGCUCCAUCCCUCAGUGAAGAGGAAGACAGGAGCACGGAGGAGGAGGAAGACGAUUUCCAUCCGAGGCCAAGGUCUUCUCCUCCUGGCCCAUUUCAGGCAUACCCCAGGGGACUUAGGAGCCUCCAAGCUCAGGAAAUGAUUCUGAAGAUGAAGGAAGCAAUCAGUGAAAGGAUCAAGUUUGUCCCUGUGUCCACCGGGCACCAGGAUUGGGCUGAGGAGGAGGAGAGGACAGUGGUCCCACCAAGACCUAGUUCGGUCAGUGGCAGCCGGAGAGCCCCUGUGAGGCAGAGGAGGUCCCAAUCAGAGGGGUGUCUUAAGAGCCACGCAGAGGAGCCCACCCUCCAGGAGCUGCAGCAGGUCCAGAGAGACCUCAGCCAGAGGUUGGAGGCAUUCUACUCCCUGGGCACCCGCCGGCAGGAGCUGAGCAGGGAGCAGGUUCUGCAGCCCAGAGCAGCUUCUCUGAAGCCCGACAGCCACCGCAGGGCCACCCCAAGCAGCCCCAUCAGCAAGCUGAAGGCAUCUCUGACCAAGAACUUCAGCAUUUUGCCAAGUCAGGACAAGAGCAUUUUGCAAAAAUGCAGCCCCCGCCCGGAGGGGGAAUGGCCCUGGAACAGGGAGGCUGAGGGGCUUCCCAAUGAUGCCCCAUCAGGGCAGAGGGCCAGGGAGGCUCCCAGGGCUGAGGACUGGGCUGUCAGGGGCCACCCCCCCAGGACAUCAGUCAAGAAACUCAUUGAAACUUUCAGCUCCAGUGGGAAUCUGCAGACACUGGGGGAGUCCAAAUACUCUGGGCCGAGCGCCUGCCUCAGGAAGUGGGGGGUCCCCAUCAUGCCCCCCAGAUUUCCUAUUUACAGGGGGCUUGCCCCUUUGUAUACAAAGCCCCAAAUUUCUCCUGCGGUGCACAGAGGGUGUCUCAGGGGGGGCCCAGGCUGCAGGCCUGCAGCCCCUGCCUUUCCCCCUCUGCAGACAGGGUCCAUGAGCGAGGAGCUCCACGGUGAAACCGAGGGGGAGGACCCAGAGUACCUCCCUCCGCCACCUCUGGAAAUCCUGAUGGACAGAUCAUUCACUGCUCUGGAGCCCCCCGAAAGCAGCAAGCCAGCAGGGAGCUCUCCUGAAGGGACCUACCUGCCAGGGCUGGCAGAGGCUGGCCCUGCCAGACAAACAUGGAUGUCCCCAAAGCUAAGAGCCUCUGUGAGCCCCACUGACCUGCUGCCCAGCAGGAGCACUACCACCCCCACCGGGCCGUGCAGCGCAGGGCCAGGGAGCAGCGAGAGCAGCUGCAGUCCUGGAAAGCUGGCCUUGGACCUCAACCAUCCCCCAGCAAUGAGCCCAAACCCAGAGGAGGAGAGCAGUGAGGCUCAGAGCCAGGCACACGUGCCCAGACCUGUAAACCUGUCCAGGCAGCCCCGGAGGGCAGGCGCCGGUCACCACCCCAGCCACAUUGCUGGGCAUCACAGGGCCUUGGAACCCAGCCUGCCCAGACCGACUCGGGGGCCACAUUCUUCUGAGGCCCCAAGGAAGAGCCAAGAGAGAAGCUCCCCACUGGUCAGGAAGUCCUCUCCUACGAGGGCUCCCAGAGCAGACAAGAGGCACCCAAGCCUGCCCUCCUCUCACAGACCUGCUCAGCCAAGCGCCCCCUCUGUGCAUGGGUCCCCCAGCCCAACAGUCAGCCCUCUAGCAAGCCCCAGGACACUGAGCCCCCCAACAGUAACGAAAGGGGCGUCCCCGCCACCCCAGCACAACCUGCCCAGCCCUCCCGCUGAGAGCUCACUUGCUCAGCACAAGAUCCCCAACCCCCCUACACAGCACACAGAAGCAAGUUCCCCUGCCUCUGGCCCCUGCCCAUCCCCUCCGUUGUCCCCCCCACAGGGACAAAAGGAAGCAAGAGACUCUGAAAAUAGCCGGGCAGCCCCAUCCAAAGCGUCUCAGAACACACGGGCCCUGUUCUGCCCAGCCACCGCCUCCCUGUUUGAAGCCAAAUCGCCAUCCUCAACAGCCCACCCAGCCGCCCCAUUACUGCCACCUGAAGCUGGGGGCCCUCGGGGGACCCCCACAGGAUGCUGGAGAGGCAGCUCAGGGCCACGACCGAGGUGGAGCUCACAGCGGGGAAUGGCUCUGUGUGUCCUCAACCCUCAGCCCUUCAUCAGACGGACAGCUUCUGACCGCCAGCCCGGCGUCCGCCUUCACCCGCCUGUCCCGGGUGCCACCAGCAACGCUCGUGAUCCCCAGCUUGGCCACAGCAGCGGCAGUGAGGAGAGCCCCAAGAAGGACACAGAGCCGUGGAGCAGCCCCUGUGCCCCAGAACUGAAGGGUGGCGGCAGAGCUGCGUCUCCCCCAGAACUCUGUGUGCUGGGCCACAGGCUGCAACGGGACACCAGUGCCGGCUGCACCCAGGACAAGCCCCAGCAGAAGGAAGUGGCCUGACCAGCAAAGCGUGACCGCCAAGUGCCAGGCUGCCCCACCGAUGGCGGGCCGACCACACUCCUCCCCCAGGUGUCCUGGGAAGGCCUGGGAGGUGCCCUGCCCAGCAGGUCUGCGGACCUAUAAACAUUCACCGUUUUGGGUCCCAGCCCCUGGUUUGCCUCGGGGUCCAAAAGUUAGCUACAACUCUGCGUCCCACCAUGGCACUCUUAAUCCUUCAAGUACUGGCCUUAAUUUAGAGGAAACACGAGUUUCUCAUAUGCUUGACGGGCCAGGUGUUUAACCUGCGUUGGCCCCCUGAAAUCACUUUGUCCUCCCCACAGUACAGGAGGCAGACAGCAUUCUCCUGGGUUUGCAGGUCAGGAAACCAAAGCGCCCCCACCCAGUGACUUGCCUGAGGUCACAUAUGAACGGGUAUAAGGACAUAGAAUCUAUUGUCUUCCAUCACAUCUCAUUGCUCUGGGACAUCCCAUCACUCCAUCUGCCUAAAACAUAUUGUUGUGCAAAUGGUGGGAAUGCCUAGCUUUUUAAGGUUAAAUACUGGCAGAGCACGCAAGUCCCCAAGAUGAGCUUUGCUUAGAAAUCGGUUGCCCCAGCAAUGUGAGCCCACCCACUUUCCCGCUUCUCCUCCUUCCCCAGCUCAGCACCACAGCCCAAAGGCAAAGCUCCCAGCCCACUCACGCAGCCACGUCACCGCUCCAGCUCAGUGCAUCGCACAUGCUCUGCCCUACGCGUCCACAUGCCUCUCAGACUGAGUGGGCACGGCCAAGCCUCCCAAACAAGGCAGCCUAUUCUCCAGGCACCUUGGGGGCUGGGGCUCAGAGGGGUGUGUGGGUAAGUUUCCCUGUACAUGGGCCGGGUCCCCCAGAGGCUUCUCGGCCACCUUUAUCUGGGUCACCUGCAGAACUCCUGCUGGAGUUGAAAUUGAAGGGAAGAGCGGUCGUUUGUGCCAAAAAGUUGCUUCUGCCAACGAGCUAGAUACUUGCUGCCGAUCUGGAAGUUUUCCGUUGGAGGCUGCGGAGCGCUUUCUAUUUAGAAAAGAAUUUGCAGUGAUCGGGUGAUUCAAUGGGUUGUCACAAGACAAGAAUUCUCGCUCAUGGGCUAGCGCUAAGAGGCAACCCUCCAGGUCUGCUGCAAAGCUGGUUUUUUUCAGAUUAGGAAAAUUACGGACAUCAGGUCCCUUUUUGUGGAAAUAGGUCCUGACUCAAGAGCACGUUAAACUGGGUCCUGGGCGCUAGGUGGCCUCCUCCGGGGUGGGCAUGAGACCAGGGGAAUGAAUCCCAUCUCGAGGUGUCCAGUUAUUCAAGCAGGGGUGACAGGGACCAACUCUUCAAAGGCACCCAAGGAAGAGUGACUGAACUACCAAGAGGGGCAUGACUGACUCCCGUUGGGAAAUGUCUGUACACCCCGCUGUGUGCUUUGUUUGCCUGUAGCCGCACUGAUCCACAGAGCAGAGCUUGGGCGGCAGCAGGGCAGGUCCUGGGGCCGAGCCAUACCCAUGAGCCUGUGGGUGGGCCCUGGGAGCCGCCUGGGCUGCAGGAAAUGGGCGGCAGUCCAGCCACCCAGGCAGGGCAGGGCUGAGGUAAUUGUGCGAGAACAUCUGGUUUAGGAAACGUGCUUGGUACAGAGCUGGGCGGCCCGUCCACACGGUCAGGCCUUCAGCGUGGGCAACGGGGCUGGGCAGGCAGGAAGCAAGCCCUGGGGAGCCAGCCUUGGGUUAGAGUUAAGGGGUGGAUUCCUGGAGAUCCAAGGGAACGAAGCAGAGCUCCAGCUGCAGGGAGACUGGACAGGGACACAGUUGACAAGACUGGGACACAACACGGAGGUAUAACCACAGGGACAAUAAAACUCUAGUGACUAGAACCAGGAUAGAAGUGGGAGCCAGAUCCACACACAGGCAAAGUGAGUCUCAGUGUCCAGCCCAGGCGCCCCUGAAUGGGCCUUGUCUUAGAGGCUGGGGCUGGCUCCAGUGCGCAGGCAGGGGCUGAGGGCACCAGGCUGCAGCAACCGGAGCUGCAGACGGGCAGCUGGGAGCCGGGCAGCGCAUUCUUUCACGGAGGGGUCCGUGUGUGUCAGACAAACACCCCAGGAGACUCUGGGAUGAGCCGUUGCUGGCCUCCCUGAGUGUGCCUGGCGGGAGGCUCUCUGCGAUGAAAAGCUGCCCCACCCCCAAGCUGGACUGGUCAGCAGCAGCCAACACCCACCCUCCGGAGCUGCAGACUGGAUGUCUGUCAUCGGCCAAAUGCAGUUCGUGCCUUCUCAUCCCUCCACAUCGCUGAGCACCUACCUGCUACCUGUGCCAGGACAGUGCUGGGCUCUGCCAUGCAUCCCCACAUGCGAUGUAACAAGAGGUCCCAGGGGCCCCGAGGCUCUGUCCCAGGGGCCCAUAAGCUCAGGCAACAGGGAUGACGAGCUCCUGUGGACAUCCUGUUGCCAAAGGACCCAAAGGCUUUGGGAAUCCCAAAUCAGCUUCCCUGGGGCAGACAGGGAGGGGUUGUGAAGGCUAAGGAGCCGGGAGGCAGUAAAGGUCAAAGGUGAGGAAGAGCCAAGCAGGCAAGCAGGCCUUGAGCUGAUGAGUCCAAGCUGUGCUUUUCUGGCUACCAUCCUAACUACCAGAUGUAGCCCCAAUUACCUGCGAAUUAGGCUCUGUACAAAAGAAAUUCAAUUUGCCACCAUGGACCAUUUGUGUGGCAUUAGCCCAGUUCUUGGCCUUCUGGAGACCUGGCCUUUCUUUCGUCCAACACUUGCCUUGGGGAGCAAACCACCGGUGGCCAUGGGGACAGGCCCAAUUCCACAGCUUCUCAGGUGGGUCACUCUUAGCCUCCCCUCAAGAACCUCGUCCUUGCUCAGCCCAAUCUGCUUCUGUGCUCAAGGGAGAAGGGAGGGCAGGUUUUUUGCUUUGUUUUGUCUCUUCAAAUGAAUUAAACCAUGGGCCCAACCCAUGGAGAACUCACAAGCCUAUACUUUUUCUUCAUGGGGUUAGAAACCAAGGAGGUGUGUGGGGUAGAAAGACAAAAGGGAGCCCACCACCGGAGACCCAUUUAAAGGGUACAUAAAACACCCAUAUUUUUAUUUGGCCCAACUCCCCUGGGGGCAGACCUCACUGCCUUCUUCGUCCACACCCCGGAGGACCCCCAACUGCGGGGAGGGAGGGGCUCAGCCAGCUCUUCCUCCAACACUUCAGCCACUUAGCAAAGAGUCCAGCCCCAGGGGGAAACACAGUUCUCCAGUUUCAUCAAAAGGAUUCAUGAAGGAAAACAACAACUAUAAUAUUCUGGCAGGACAGCGAUAGCUUUUUGCAAAUAUAAACACAACCUCGAAGCUGAACUGUAACUUCCGUCCCAGUGUGGGUCUGAGCGCUGUUUACUAUAAACAGCACCUAUUUUCCUUCCCCACAUUAUAUACCCAGUUCAGAGCCUAAAAUAAUCCAUGUAGAGAGAAAGUGCAGAGCAGGCAGGCCGGAAGAGACUCCUCUUUCAUUAUGAAUAGUCUCUUGCCUAUGUUUGACAAGACUUGCCUCAUAAACCCAAUAAUGGGAAUGAAAGGGAUUUUGAGAAAUACAUUCUUUUUUUCUGAAAUAAACCUGUGAUUUGCGUGUAUCGGGGAGCCAGUGCAGGGAACUGUCUCAGCAUGUGUGUCAAUGAUCAUCCAGUUGACGGUUUCCAGGCCGCCCACACCCACCCCAUCUUCCCAAGGCAAGGUUUUCGAAGAGAAUCUAUUUUUGAAGCAGCUCCGCCACAGAGUCAGUGCUCUGAGCCUGCGUUAACAGAACAUGUCAGGCCGCGCUGUGCGUCAUUCCCUGUGCCCACCUGGAGCUGAAGUAAAGCUCCAUCAAUCCAUCCAGACAUUUUAGGAACUGUCAUUA